AUGGUAUGUGACGUCAUAUCAGGCAAUCAAUACGUCACCAUCGUCAGAGAACACUUCAACAACUAUUGCUCAAUUGAGAAGGCAGCAACAUUCUUCAACUACACUUACUUUUCAAUCAGUGGAAAAAUGGGAGAUGAACGAGCAGCUUCGAUAUCGGUAUGUGCCUACCUGUGCCGGAAUAAUCGGUCGGAUCAAGAUUGUUGUAUCGGAUUCAACGUAAGAUUCGAUUCUAAGAUGUGCGAGCUUUACCGAAGUUCACCGGUUUACUUCACUCAACAAUACAAGUGCGUCUAUUACACGCUUAAGAGAGCCAAUAGCAGCAGUAGCAACAAUAGUAAUGUGGUAGUUCUACCUACCUACCCCUAUAAAUUUCUUCUUCAAGAUCCAAUGCCUCCACCAUCAUUCGCAAACUCAACCUCCAAAGUUCUCUCCUUCCUAAUCCAAUUAAGAGUCAACCUAUCGACAUUAGCCUACAACAAGAGCUGGACCCAAUUCAAAGUCGGGUUUUCGGUACCGAGUACGUCGGUAUCGUCGAGUACCGCAUCGAAUACCGGCGGGUAUUGUGGCGGGAGAACGUGGGAGGCCUACUGGCUGGGGAAUGAACUGCUGCACCAGCUAACUAACAAGUAUAAGUGCGGUGUCUACAUGUAUCUCACCGUUAAUAACUCCGGAAGGCCAGAGAUGCAACAUUCAUUCUUUGAUCAAUUCGUAAUCGGUUCCGAAAACUCGAGUUACAAAAUAUCCGACCUCAAUUACGUCACCGGAAACUCUUCGACCUACCAGGCUUGGAAUGUCAGGCUGGGAACGGAAUUUUCCACUUUUGAUAAUGACAGACAUGUUGAUCCUAGUGUCAACUGCGCUUUCGUUUAUAGCGCUGGGUGGUGGUAUGCGAGGUACAGGGCAGAUCUGGGAAAAUGCGCCUACACGAACUUCAACACGCACAUCCCUUACUUCAUGACGUCAUAUUUAGACGUCACGUACAAGUUAUUCAGCUCGCAAAUGUGGCUACAGUGUGUCGUUUAA